AUGAAUUCACUCUUUCCCGUCUUCGUAUACACCAUUGCUUUGCUAUACGAAUCUGCAAGUCAAUCACUCACAGACGAAAAGGAUGCGCAAUAUAAGUGCGGAAAGCGCCAAAAAGUAAAACAUAUUUCUGCAAGAAUCAUCAAUGGUACCCAGGCUCCCGCGGAUCACUGGCCCUGGAUGGUCGCAUUCUAUAAUUCAAAUGAUACCUUUGCAUGUGGAGGGGUCUUAAUUGGCGAGGAUUAUGUGGUAACGGCAGCACAUUGUUUUCGAAAUCAAGACGCUCAUAAGUUUUCAGUUCGACUGGGAACCACACUCAAAACCAAUGUUUCUCAAUGUAACACUCCACAAGAUGCUAAUAUACGCAAAAAGACCACCAGAAAUGCGGAAGUAUUUCCAAAAUUAGAUGAAGAAUACAAUGAGGAUCCCCAAAUCCAGGUCGUUUGUAUUGAAGUUGAAAGCAUCUGCGCCCCUAUUCAAGACAACUGUAGCCUUUUCAUGAAAGACAUUGCUGUUGUAAAAUUAAAAACGAAAGUCAACUAUACUGACUAUAUUCAGCCAAUCUGCCUUCCGGAAAACUGCGUCGAUCGCCCUGCAAGGAAUGCAUCAUAUGCUGCUGGCUGGGGAACAAUAUAUGAGUAUUACUCUCUAGAAGAAUAUGAAGGUGAUCAUGAAGUCGAAGAAGAAAUAGAAGGCCCUGAGAUUCAGAAACCCAUAAACAAAACAUCAAGUGAAGGAACAAGCGUCGAAUCACAAACGGAACAAGCAAAAUUGUUAAUAUUUGGAGACACAAACACACUGAUAGAAAGAAAAUUAGAUCUCAUGGAUCAGGAUCAAUGCUCUGCCCAAAUGAAAACCAAAGUUCCUGACCAUAUCAUUUGCACAAGUGGAGGGACAUGUCGCGGAGACAGCGGAGGACCCUUGAUGUACGAAGAUAACGGUCGGUGGACUCUUAUUGGUGUGGUUUCUGACGGGCCAGAUGACUGCUUUAUCCCAGAGAGACCUUCGCUCUUUGUGAAGGUCUUUCCUUUCGUGGACUCGCUAAUUUCGAAAUUUUUGAAACAUGGAAGUCAUAAUGACAAAAAUUCCACGUGUGCUACGGAGGAGGCCCGUAAAGAGUGUGUAAAGAGGUUCUAUCAGUACUACAACAUGUCUGUAGAACCAUAA